UUGGAGUGUGAGGAGCAGAGUGAAAUAAAUAAGGGGUGGAGCUGCAAACAUCAGCUCUGCCCUCAGUAAAACUUAUUUAGGUUGCAACCCCACCCCUAGAUCCGCCCCUGUCAAAUGUAGACAUUUGUAUUUAUUUGUACAAUCUGUCAAGACAGUGUCAUUAAUUAAUAUCAAGCUCUGGUCUGCUAUAUAGUUUCUUGGAGACUGGCCUCUUCAUUGGAGCUAUAAUAUUGACUAACUGGGUGGAGGUGCUAUAUUGACCGUGACUGGAGUGACUGAACUUGUAUCAGUUAUCAACCAAUUAAGGAUUAAAUGAUCAAUUAGAUCAUACUAUGGGUCAAACACAGUCUCUUCGUAACACUGGGUUUGUAACUAGUCUCAAAGAAAAGUACAUUCAGAGAGAGUUUGGAGAAGAUGAAGAGAAUGGCCACCAUCAGAUAGAAGAGACAAACAAAGAAGACUUAUCAAAUUGCAAUUAGUCGAGACUGAUCAGAUAGAGGGGUUUGGCCACAAGGGUCGUUCAAGUGGCAUCGAGACUGAUCAGAUAGAGGGGUUUGGCCACAAGGGUCGUUCGAGUGGCAAUGGCAAGCAACCUAAAGAUGACAAAGAAACACGCAAAUCAAUACUCCACACUGACCUGUUCAAGACUAGCAGGGACAACAAACCAGUCAGGAAGGUUGUUGUGAAAGGCAAUGCUGGGAUUGGUAAAACCACACUGUGUACCAUGCUGACUGAGGCGUGGGCAAAAGGCAAGAUCCUGAAACAAUUUGACUGUGUUCUGUUGCUACCACUGAGAAAUAGCGACGUGUCAUCGGCCACAAGCCUCCCUGAGCUGAUUAAACUUUUCCAUCUGAGUGAGAAGGUCCGCAAACCUCCAACAAAAAGGAUGGAGGAUAGAGAAGGAGAAGGCGUCCUCAUUAUAGCUGAUGGCUGGGACGAACUCAGUGAGGGUGCUCGAGCUAAGGACUCGUUUCUCUACAAACUUCUUCUUGGUUAUGGUUGUUCCAAAGCCUCUGUUCUCCUCACAUCCAGACAUUCUGCAGCAGCACCUUUUCACAAACUGUCUUCAGUGGACACUUUCAUCGAGGUGGUGGGUUUUGAUGAAGAAGAUAUCAAACAGUACAUAGUUGAGGAAUUCAAGCAAGAUCCAGAGAAAGCUUCUUCUCUUAUGGAGCAGCUUAAAAGCAAUCCACUCAUUCAGAGUUUGUGCUCUGUGCCACUUAAUUGUGCGAUUGUUUGUGAUCUGUGGCACAAUUUACAGCAAACACUUCCAAGCACAAUCACGAAACUAUAUGCUAGGAUAACACUGUCUGUUGUGCUUCGUGACAUCAAAAAGAAAUGUCCACAACUCUGUGUAAACUCGCUUGACAAUUUCAAUUGUAUUCCCAACGAACUUCAAAACGAUUUCUGGCUGGUUUGCAAAUUUGCUUUUGAAUUUUUGGCUAAAGAUCAAAUAGUCUUCUCAGACAGUGAAGUUUCAUCGUUUUCUCAAGAUGGGAACUUUAACAAGAAAGCAUUUUUCUUCGGUUUAUUGCAAUCAGCACAUUCACAUUUCCCUAGCCAACAAAACUCAUUGACAACAGGUUAUGGCUUGUCGUUUCACUUCGCUCAUUUGACCAUUCAGGAGUUUUUAGCUGCCCUUCAUAUCGUCACUUUAUCUCAUGAAGAGAAAACAAAGAUUUGCAACACUUAUGCUGGAAACGAUCGGUUGAAUAUGGUCUGGAGAUUUGUGUUCGGUCUUGAGUCUAAAGAAGAGAAAUAUAGUAAUAAAGUUGUCUCUUUAGGUGAUGUGUUGGUUGAUCAGGUUUUAUUUGCACUACGGGACCAAAACAUUUUACUAUGCCACUGCUCGUUUGAAUCCCAGAAUAAGGUUGUACACUAUAAAGUGGCCAACAGGAUUUGUGCCAAGUUUAGUUCUUGGCUUAGAAUCAGAAGGCCCCAAACUGCUCACGACAGUGUAGCUCUUUUGCACACUUUUAACCGUAUAUCACAUUGUUCAGAGGUCAAGCUAAAUUUUUCAGGGAGUCUUAAUGAUGAGCAGCUUCAGAAACUAGCUACUAUCCUCAUUGACAGAAAGUUGCAAGUAAAAGAAUUAAGUCUCAAUAACUGCAAGCUCACAAAUGAAUGUAUCACGACCUUCUUCAACAAGGCAUCAGCUUCAUUUCAGCAUCUUGAGUUACUAUCUCUUGAUAGGAACCUUAUCACAGGUUUACCAUUUUCACCGAGCAAUAACACAUUAACUAGGCUUUCAUUAUCCAAGAAUCCACUCUGGCAAAGUGGUGCCCAGUUACUAGAGAGUGUUGUAUGCGCAGGUUCACUAGUAAAACUUGAGCGUCUUUGUCUAUCUAGUGCACUGACAAAUGACAGAGACAUUAUCGAUGCCAAAGUGUUAGCCACACUUCUUCCAGCAUUAGCUACACACUGUCCUCAUCUGGAUGACCUUGAUCUCUCUAAGAACAAUAUUGGUGUACCUGGAGCUAGUGCAAUAGGAGAGGCCUUUGUACAACUUGCUACCAAUAGGAAGGAGUUAAAGCUGAACUUAAGUGAGACUAAUCUCGACAGUGAAGCAGCGACAGUAUUUUCUGACAAAGUUUUGACUUCUUUAGGGAAUGUGUCAAAUCCACUCUCUUGUGAAAUCAAUUUGCGUGUUGAUAACAAUCCACUUAGACACAGCGGCUUGUCAGCUAUCUUUAGAAUGCUCUCUAAAAAACUGUCCAGUAACAAGACUUGAUCUGGACCACACACAUGCAGUCAACCAGGGCAUAGUAACGGCAACCGAUUUUGGUGAAAUUAAAUCUCCAACAUUUCCUGGUCGAUGUAGCAAAUUGAAAUGGUUGUAUUUUCGAAACAACAAACCAAGCGGUGACAUUCAUGUAGCUUGCUUGACAAUGGCUAUUAAAUCCGCCAUAUUCGGUGAUCUUGAAUGGUUGCAACUAUCAAAUACCCUUCCUGACAAUGUUGAGGAGAAUGGAAGACUACUGACUGAACUCUUACCAUCCAUUGCCUCUCACUGUCCUAAU